AUGGCGCGCUCUGAUGAUAUCCUCACCGAUGUUCCUGGCACGGUAUAUCUCGUGGACGAGUCACGAACCUUACGAGAUGCUGCCCAUGCCGGCGAGCAGGAUAUUCUGCUCAUCCCACAGCCAUCCAACUCCCUGGCUGACCCUCUGAACUGGUCCCGUUUGAAGAAAUAUUGGUCUCUAUUCCUCAUAUCCGCGUAUGCCUGUGUGUACUCCUUCGGCGAGAACAACUGGGGCGCCAGCUGGACGGUCAUUUCCGACGACACAGGCGUCAGUCUAACCAACAUGAACGGCGGUUCUGCGCUGAACUAUCUUCUCCUGGGAUUCUUUAACAUUAUUUGGAUUCCUUCCGCCAUGAAAUUUGGCCGGAAGAUCGUCUAUAUUCUCAGUUUGAUAUUGCUUAUGGCUGGUAGUAUCUGGGGUGGUUUUUACCAUGGCACAGCCCAGUACUACAUUAUGUUAGCCGUGCAGGGUGUUGGGACUGCGGCUUACCAGGCGUUGAUUCAGCUCACGAUCUUUGAUAUGUUCUUUACGCAUGAGCGAGGCCGAAUGGUUGCAAUCUACAUCUUCUUCCAGCAACUUGGCUCGAUCCUUGGCCUGAUCCUGGGUGGCUAUAUCUCAGACGGAAUUGGUUGGCGAUGGAGCUCACUCAUCGAGGCUAUUGCAUGCGGGGUAAUGAUCAUACUCUUCAUCUUCACUUUCGACGACACAAUGUUCCCGCGCUACCGCUUCACAGACCCUAUGCUCACCAGACUCUCCCGCUCGUCUGACGCCGACGAAGAAAUAAAACCACAAGGAGAAGCCAAGGAAGACCCGAUGGUAAGAAGCAACAGCAACAGCAUCGGCGGCGAAGACAUGCCGCCACGAACAUACCGGCAGCAGAUUGCAAUGGUGCAUUACUUCGCCGAUGAUCAGACAACCUGGUUCCAGUACUUCCGCCGCCCGUUCUACCUGUUCGCAUUUCCGAAUAUCGUCCUCGCAGGCAUUCAGUUUGCCUUUGGGUGCACGGCGGGGAUUGUUUCGUUCAAUACCAUCUCCGAGAUCAUGACUGAGAAGCCGUAUAAUUGGAGCGCCGGUUCGACGGGGUUGAUCUUCCUAGCUGCCUUGGUUGGGAAUUUCCUUGGCAGUAGAAUGGGCGUUGGCUCCCUGUCCGAUUGGGUCGUCCUGGUCCUCGCUCGUCGGAAUAAAGGAUAUAAAGAGCCGGAGAUGCGCCUCUGGGUCUAUAUCUUCCCGUUCAUCUUCGGUGCCGUUGGCUACUUUACCUACGGCUGGGCUGCUACAUACGGAGACCACUGGAUGGCCAUUGCCGUGGCGCUGUGCUGUAUGAUUGCGCAACAGGUGUCUAUCACGAGUCUGGCAACUGCAUAUGCAAUGGAAUGCUUUGACGGGAUCUCUGGCGAGCUGGUUGUCGUGCUGGCAAUUUGCUCCUCGCUUAUCAACUUUGCCAUCUCCUUCUCCGUACAGCCUUUCAUCGACAGCACCAACUACGGGUGGACGUUCACCUGCUUCGGGCUGCUAGUGGUCCUCUCCGUGCUAGCGGGGAUUCCCAUGAUCAUCUGGGGCAAAGAUUGGCGACGGAAAUGCAAGGCGCGGUAUGAGCAAUUCCUGGCCGAGACGGGUCGGAACGGCCGUCCAUCGGCUAUGUGA